GUUACAUCUCGUGUACGGUCGACACAAGAUUUAAAUAGCAAUCCUGUUUUGAAAUGUCGUUCAGAUUUGAAUGAUACGUAUAACGAGCAAUAAAAAAUAAUAAAGAAAAUUUGAGGAAAAGAAAGAAGCGUGAGGCUGUGAGACAAAUGGUUUAUCAACGUGGAAAUCAAAGGGAUGGUUCCCCACAUUAUGUCUUUUUGUAUUCGGAUGAUGAAAAUAGUGGAGACGAAGAAAACAUUCCUUUGCAACAACGUAACAAACCUACAUCAUUACCACGUAAAGUGGAAGUUAUAAAUGUUCCACUUAAAUCAGAAGAUACGUUACAAGCAUUGGCAUUACGGUAUAGAUGCACGAUCUCUGAAUUGAAGAGAAUCAACAAGAUUCACAAAGAGAAUGAAAUACAUGCAAGACGAUUCAUAAAAGUACCUAUACAACCAUUUUCUUUAUUGACCGAGACUUUAGAACAACACCAGAGUGGCCAGGCAGAUAGAAACAAAGUAAGUAUGUCCAGUUCUGGUGAAGAGGCGGAAAAUGCAGUAACAAAAGGUCCAUUAUUAAAUGUGAUAAAAAAUCCUGUUGUAAUCGAAUUGCCAAAGGCAGAAAUUAAUACAAUUAUAUUAAAUUCAGUUUGUGAACCUCUGUCAUCAUUCAAUAGUGGUAACUCUUUAGAAAUUAGCAAUUCAGAAUGUGACCAAUUACUUACCUCAGCAGAGAGUAACACAAAAAACUCUCAUUUAACGGAAACAUUUAGAUGUUCUGGUGAUGAUUGUGGAUUAUCCUGGACACAACUUCUUGGUUUUUCUUUAUUGUUAGGUUUUGCAGGACCUAUUAUAUAUAUACUUUAUAUAGCCGAAUUUUCAUCCAAAACUCAUUCAGUUACUAAUCAUUAGUUAGAUUUCUAACAGACAAGUGGCUGUUACAAUAAGUAUAAUUUAUUGUACUAGCAACAUUUACAGCAAUAAUUCUAGUUAUAACUUGCAAUAACAAUCAAUCAUAGGUGACUAUGUUAUUUUACAUAAGUGAGAUUGUAUUAAGAAGUAAAUUGUAUCAUUACAUGGCUAGCAAAAAUACUUUACGAACGAAGAAAGAGUAAGAAGAUAUUAUUUUAUGGUAUUUAAAGUGUAUAAAUGAGAUUUUUUAAUUAUAUGAUAUACAAAUAAGAAAAAUCAAGAAAUAAUAUUGAAUAGCACAAUAUAUAGUGCCUUUGUGAUUAUCUGUUUAAUACAAUAUUGUGAUAAUAAUCGUGAAUUUUUUCCGCUAUUGUAUUAAACAUCGUGCGUAUAAAAAUAGGAAUCGCCAAAGCUAUUUGUAAUGAUCUUGUAUAAAAGUGUUAAUGGAUAUCAUAUAUAUCCUUUUUAAGUUCUGUUAAUGUUUUGACGAUUCAUGUAAUAUGAAAAUAUUUGAUAUUAUCUUGUAUCAACGCUGUUAAAAAAAAAAGAUGUUAAUAUUAUGAGACAAUUGUGAUGCACUCGUAUAUUGUAUAUUGAUAAUGAUAAUUAUAAUUAAGUAUAUAAUAUAAAGAAGAAUUCUAUUCUCUUGCGACAAUAAGCAUGUUAUUAAGCAGCUUUGAAAUUAUGUAAAAAUUGUUUUGAUAAAAUGUCUUUCUCGUUGAAAUUUAUAAAAAUAUAUUUUUUAACACGUAUUUACGUCUUACUUUAUAACGUUUCAAACAUGUUAAUUGCAAAUUUAUAACACUAAAAUGAUAUUUUGCGCAAAUUAAGAAGUCUUGUAUAGAAAUGUUUUUAUUUAUUAAUUUGUAACAUUAUAAGAUACAAAUGAAGAUGGUAAUUUCUCUUCCCUCUUCUGUUCCUGUCAAUGUCAACCUCUCCUGUAAGAUAUAAAAUAAGUGUGAAAUAUCGAGCUUUGUUUUAAAAGUAUAUCAAAGUUGUAUUUUAAAGAUCUUCAGAACAUAAUGUAAUGUCGUUCAAUUUAAUAAAUUCAGAAGACCGUCGUUAGUUUCA